AUGGCCGCCACCACUGAGAAACGCAAUUUUUCCUCCUUGUCCUUCUCCUCGAAGAAGCAUCUGAACGGCGAACCGGCCACCGGUACUCACACUCCGACUACAACCAAGCUGAAAAACUUCUUCCGUAUCAAUAGUGGUGGAAGUCAGACCUCGAUAGGCUCGGAUGGGUUGCCCACCCCCAAGACUGAAUCCAAACCCGUCAAACAGUCUAGGUUCCUCCCCGGCUUAAAUAGAAAUAGAUCGACUACUGUUGCUAGUGAGGGACAUCCUCUCGACGACGCCAUCGCCUCUCCAACGGCUCAGGCCAACCCCUACUUCGUCCAUCAAGGCCUUCCUACCUUGCGCCACCACAAUGAGGGCAGCGUUCCGCCUUCGCCUCCAGAUACACCGAAAGUUCAUGUGAAUGGUACAGCGGUGGAAGAGAAGGCGGUCACAGCCGGUAAGGAGGAAUUGGCACGGAAGUUGAGAAGAGUGGCUUCGGCCCCAAAUGCCCAGGGUCUUUUCAGUGGGAACAAGCCAACUACGGAGCGUCCGUCUACAGCGGAACUAGGAAAGGAGCCUCUGGCUGUGGUCAAUGGCUCAUCGCCCAGGUUGGGUAUGAUUCCUCAGGAGGACUCGAGCACCCAUAGCCUCCCACCUAAGCCUGGCAAGAUUCCGUUACCGGGACAGAUCCGACAGUCCGCCGCCUUUCGAAGGACCUACAGCUCCAAUUCGAUCAAAGUCCGAAAUGUCGAAGUAGGCCCGCACAGUUUCGAUAAGAUCAAAUUGAUCGGCAAGGGCGAUGUUGGUAAAGUAUACCUCGUGCGCGAGAAGAAAUCGAACCGGCUAUAUGCCAUGAAAGUGCUGAGCAAGAAGGAAAUGAUCAAGCGUAACAAGAUCAAGAGAGCACUUGCUGAGCAGGAGAUUCUGGCCACGAGCAACCACCCUUUCAUUGUUACCCUGUAUCACUCUUUUCAGUCCGAAGAUCACCUGUACCUGUGCAUGGAGUAUUGUAGCGGAGGCGAGUUUUUCAGAGCUUUACAAACUCGACCAAACAAAUGCGUCGGCGAGGAAGAUGCGCGGUUCUAUGCCGCCGAAGUCACGGCCGCGCUGGAGUAUCUGCACCUGAUGGGUUUUAUCUACCGUGAUUUGAAACCCGAAAACAUCCUCCUUCACCAGUCAGGACACAUCAUGCUAUCCGACUUUGAUUUAUCUAAGCAAUCGGAUUCUGGAGGUGCGCCGACCAUGAUUUUGGGGACUCGAAACGCCUCGAACCCCACCGGAUAUCCUCUGGUCGACACCAAGUCGUGCAUCGCCGACUUCCGCACGAAUUCCUUUGUCGGUACGGAAGAGUAUAUUGCUCCCGAAGUGAUCAAAGGGAAUGGGCAUACUAGUGCGGUUGACUGGUGGACAUUGGGCAUUCUGAUCUAUGAGAUGCUGUUUGGGACAACCCCUUUCAAGGGUAAAAACCGAAACGCGACCUUUGCAAACAUUCUGAGGGACGAAGUGCCCUUCCCUGACCAUUCUCACGUGACCCAGGUCAGCAACCUCUGCAAGUCGCUUAUCAGAAAGCUUUUGAUCAAAGACGAGGUCAAACGGUUGGGCUCUCGGGCAGGUGCUUCGGACGUCAAAAAUCAUCCGUUCUUCCGACCUAUAACUUGGGCUCUUCUCCGCCAUAUGAAGCCACCUAUGAUUCCUCACCAAGGCAAGGCUCUUGACACAGUGAACUUCAGAACGGUCAAGGAUAGCGGCAGUGUCGAUAUCGGAGGCCCGGCAAGCCGACUAAAGGGGGUCCCACUGGAUUCGGCUUUGGCGACACCUGGAGGAGAGAUUGCGGAUCCAUUCCUGGAAUUCAACAGUGUGACACUGCACCACGACGACGAAGACGCGAUCGUGAUGCAAGACAGCGCAACCACGCAAAUUGGGCGGUGA